GGAGUGGGGCCCAACCCCGGCGACCCGGAAGACGUGGAAGCCUUUCUGGCCUCUCUGAACACUAGGCGCCCGCCGUCAUGGCCAUGGGUCGCGAGAGAACUGAUCCGCCUUCAAGCCGCCCGUUGCAUCACCGCGCUUUUAGAACACCAGAUCUCUCGCAUCAGACGACUGAAAGACAACAACGACGACGACGACGACGACAACGAUGCCGCACGGCACCGGUUCCACGGCCUGCUCUCGUUGUUCUGGGACCACACUCGUGAUUUCCCGGCGGGAUCAGCCCCCCGCGUCACGGAGUGCGCACUCGACGUCGCCGUUUCACUGGGUGGUCCCGAUGAGUGGCGAAGUCAGAAGCGGAAAUUAGAGCCAAAACGAUCUGGCUCCGCUGAUGAUGCCGACGAGGAGCGUAGCCUCUCCGACUUGAUCCUGGGGUUGCCGCAGUGGAUCUCCGAGAAUUUCAAGUGGGUUAACACCGUGAACAUGCUGAGCCGCCUCCUGCCGGGCAGUCCCAUUCGCCGGAAGGUUCUCCAGUACGGCGAGGACGGGGAUGCCCUGAAGCUGCUAUGGGUUUUGCUCGCGGGGGAUGAACGGCCGCCGCUGGUUCUGUUCAACCGGCGGUUUUUCCGCUGCCGGAGGUACUUCCACUGGAAACGCUGUCUCCGCGAAGUGCUAGUUGGCCGGCUCGCUUUCUUCACCGCCGACCUGCAGUGCCGCCGAGCAAGG